CCCGCGGUAUUGUGUACGGUGUACACGCAUCUUCACCAAUUCAGCCUUUGUCAUAAAACCAGUUUGCUAUCGUCGGAUCCAAAGCAGUUCAGUUGGGUUUGUUUGUAAAACGAUUCUCCAUUUCGGAACUAAUAUCUAAACGCUAGUUAGCACUUAAAAAAGGAUCGAAAUUUAUAGAAAUGCCUUCGUUUACGGUGAAUGUAAAGUGGGGUAAGGAAAAUUUUAAAGAUGUCGAAGUCAACACCGAUGAAGAGCCGAUGCUGUUCAAGGCACAACUGUUUGCCUUGACUGGUGUGCAACCGGAUCGUCAGAAGGUGCUGUGUAAAGGAAUAAGUCUGAAAGAUGAGGAGUGGAAUAUGCCGAUCAAGAAUGGUGCCACUCUGUUGCUACUGGGCACAAAGGAAGAAGUCCCUCAGGAACCAGUGGAAAAGCCGAAAUUUAUAGAAGACAUGAAUGAAAACGAAAUUGCGACAGCUUUCGAUACUCCCGCCGGUUUGGUGAAUCUGGGCAAUACGUGCUACAUGAAUGCCACGCUGCAAUGUCUGCGAUCGGUGCGUGAGCUGCGAGAUGCAUUAAAGGAAUACAAGGAAGAUACGAGCGGUGCCUCCGGGUUGGCUGGACUGGCCUCACCACAUGCUAUUACCAUGUCAAUGAAGAACCUUUUCGAGGAUAUGGAACGUAGAAACGAUUCGAUCACACCGGUGCUUUUCUUGCAACGGUUUCACGCUGCAUUUCCGAGCUUCUCUCAAACCGGCGAGAACGGUACGUACCGUCAGCAGGACGCCAACGAAUAUUGGUCCGAACUACUGAAAAUGCUGCAGCAAAAGCUUCCGGCACAGAAACUUUUGGUCGACCAAAGUGUAAAACACAGUUCGUUCAUUGACCAAUGGUUCGGUGGCUCAUUUGACGUGCAAAUGAAAUGUACCGAGGCCGAAGAUGAGCCCGUAAGCAAAUCUAAAGAAAACUUCCUGCAGCUUAGCUGUUUCAUUUCCACCGAAGUGAAGUACAUGCACUCGGGAUUACGAUUGAGACUUAAAGAACAAUUAACCAAAAUGUCCCCAUCACUAGGUCGUGAUGCUGUCUACUCAAAAACGUCGCUGAUCAGUCGUCUGCCGGCCUACCUGACAGUGCAGUUCGUUCGAUUCCAGUACAAGGGCAAGGAGGGCAUUAACGCGAAGGUGCUGAAGGAUAUUAAGUUCCCGAUCGAAUUCGAUGCGUACGAGCUGUGCACACCGGAACUGCAAGAAAAGCUGGCACCGGUGCGUGCCAAAUUUAACGAAGUAUCCAACGCAGAGGUUGAGCGUACGCUAAAGGGCAAGAAUAAAUCCAAGGCCGAACUAGAAAAGGAAAAACCCAAGACAAUUCCUCAACCGUACUGCUUCGAAGAUGAUCUAGGUAGUAACAACAGCGGCUAUUAUACACUGCAGGCUGUCUUAACACAUCAAGGACGAUCGAGCUCAUCAGGUCAUUAUGUAGGCUGGGUGCGACAUAAAGACGAUCAGUGGAUUAUGUUCAACGAUGAUCACGUGUCCCCGGUGGACCAGGAAUCGAUCCUUAAGCUGUCCGGUGGUGGCGAUUGGCACUGUGCCUAUGUGUUGCUGUACGGACCAAAGGUACUGGAACUUCCGGUGGAGAUGGUAGACCAAGAAGCGGGCGGAGAUCAGCAGCAACAACAAGGGACGACUGCCACUGGUGAAAACAUGUCAGUUGAUUAAUUUAUCCGUUCCAUGUCGGAAGUGUACUGUUUCGUUUUUAUCGUUUAUGUUCUCCAUCGGAAAUGGUUCGAAGAGUUGUGACAAUUUUCUAUGAACCGUGUCAAAGUUUUGUGCGUCGCACUGCUGCUAAUUUACUACAGGAGAAUCCGGUAUACUCUAUCCUGUGCAGCGCGUGUGAGUUGCAGUUCGUGGUGCAACGGAUUUGUCCGGGCCCGUAACUUGGCUGAGUGAUGUAAUAAAAUUGAUACUGAAUCUUCUAA